CCAAUCAUCAUGAUUCAGCUAAACCUUGAGUUCUUACUUUCAGUUCUCCUCUUCUUUCUCCCCCUCAUCUUCUUCUUCAUCAAAACCUGUUCUUCUUAUGUGGGAAAUAAGAAAUCAUCUUCAGUUUCAUCCAAACUGCCAAGGGUAUACCCUUUGGUGGGUUCUUCACUUACCAUAGCUUCCAAUCAUGAACGAUUCAGUCAAUGGGCUACAGAGCUUCUUCAAAGCUCUCCUAAUGGAAAUGUCCUUCUUCAUCGUCCCCUCGGCCAUCUCCAACUCAUAACCACCAAUCCCGCCAACGUUCAACAUAUCCUCAAAACCCAAUUCUACCAAUACCCAAAAGGAAAUUUUUUCAGAGAUCACCUCUACGAUUUCCUUGGAGAUGGUGUCUUCAACGCAGAUGGUGAUAACUGGAAGUUUCAGAGACAAAUUGCCAGUCAUGAAUUUAACACCAAAUCACUCCGGAAAUUCGUCGAAACUGUUGUGGAAGAUGAACUCUCUGGUCGUCUCCUUCCUCUGCUCGUUGAAGCUUCUGCGAAAAAUAUGGUCUUUGAUCUGCAAGACAUUCUUCAAAGAUUUGCAUUUGACAAUAUCUGCAAAAUUGCUUUUGGGUUCGAUCCGGCAUGCUUGUCGCCUUCAUUCCCACAACCUGUAUCAGAAUUUGCAGAGGCAUUUGAAGAUGCUACAAGGAUAAGCAGUGCGAGAUUUAAUGCCAUAUUACCACCAGUUUGGAAACUGAAAAGGGCUUUUAACAUUGGGUCUGAGAAACGAUUACGAGAAGCAAUUUCGACAGUUCGUGAAUUCGCAACAAAUCUUGUCAGACAAAAGAAACGAGAACUGGAAGAAAAAUCUUCACUUGAAACAGAGGAUCUUCUCUCCAGAUUCGUGAGUUCAGGUCAUUCGGAUGAGCGAUUUGUUACAGAUAUCGUCAUCAGCUUCAUCGUAGCAGGUAGGGAUACUACAUCUGCAGCCUUGACAUGGUUCUUUUGGUUAAUUGCUAACAACCCUCGUGUAGAAGAAGAGAUUUUAAAGGAGAUAAAGGAGAAGCCUGAAUCGCUUGAUUAUGAUGAGGUGAAGCAUGUGGUUUACAUUCAUGCUUCGCUCUGUGAGAGUAUGAGGUUUUACCCACCAGUUCCACAUGAUACCAAAUUUGCAGUUGCAGACAAUGUUUUACCAGAUGGGACUGUUGUGAAGAAAGAAACGGGAGUGACAUAUAUACCUUAUGCAAUGGGAAGAACAGAGGCGAUUUGGGGGAAAGAUUGGCCAGAGUUUCGACCGGAGAGGUGGAUGGAGAAGGAGGAGAUUUCUGGAAAGUGGAAAUUUCUGGGGAAGGAUCCUUACACAUACCCUGUUUUCCAAGCGGGGCCGAGGAUUUGCUUAGGGAAGGAUAUGGCUUUCUUGCAGAUGCAGAGGAUCGUUGCCGGAGUAAUGCAGAAGUAUAGGGUGGUGCCGGCGGAGAAAGGGUUUGAUCCGUUUUUCACUUCUUACUUGUCAGCCAAAAUGAAAGGAGGUUUUCCGGUGAGAGUUGAGGAGAGGAAGGAUGGUAGAGCAGUGGAGAGUGCUUCAUUAAUUAAUGGUGAUUAAUUA